AUGCAUCGUUUUUUUUUAUCUUUUAAAGAUGCUCGAAUCGAGGAAUCCUACCAAAUAAAAAAUCAGCAUUCGAAAAGACUAAUCACUUUUAUCUCCAUAAGCAUCGGUUUUAUUUUGGCGUUCUUGAUAAAAGUCAUCCAAUCGAUAAGCGAAGAGAAUAUGUAUGCCUUUUAUCUCAAUAUCACUAUUCUUUCUUAUCUGUGCUUACAAUUAGGUUUUUUUUGGAAAGAAAGUAAGUAUCUUAGAGUAGGCAUCAUAAUACUUAAUCAUUUUGUGACGAUAUACUUCAUUGUUUUCGAAGAUAGAUCAGAAGUUGAUAAUUAGAUGGCCAUGCUUUAAGGUGUUAAUUAAAUGGCUGCGAGUUAUCUACUAAUUUUAACAGGAGAAUACAUAGAUGGGAUGUUAACUAUUAUUUCCCUUUAAAUAUUUAGAAUUAGUUGGGUUUUGGUGAAAAGUGAUUCAGUCUAAUAUUCAGCUCCUAUUACAUCUAUGUUACUCAUUCUCUAUAUAAAUUAUUUCAAUUUUUUAUAUAAUAAGGCUAAGCGCUCGUAAUAUUUGCUCUCUUUGGCAGAUUGUAGAUGGGAAGAAAUUCUAUAAAAACUAUAAAUUCAAUAAUCUUACUUGAUUUUAUAAUUUUAAGAAGACACUUUACGUUACACGAUCAAGAAUUUUUAGAAUUGUGAGAAAAUGUUUAAAACCUAAGAAGAAGCCCAGAAUUUCCUCAGAUCGGCUACUUACCAUAAUAAUUUACUUCAAAAUGUUAUACAUAAGAGUAUGCUAGAAUUCAAAAAGACCACACAUUGCAAUUUCAACGAAACCAUUUUAAUAAACUAUUAAAAAUAAACUAUCAGAACUGAGAUAUCUAUCUAUAAAGGUGAUUAACCCACCAUCCUGUUGAUAUUUAGAAAUUUCUUUCUUGAAAAUAAAAUCAAUCCAGUUGCAAUCCAAAAGUAAUUUGGAAAUGCCAUUAAAUUGAUUGUUAAGAUACUAGAGAAAAUUAGAGGAGCAUAAUUUUUUGAGAUUUAAUACUUAAUGAUCUAAAGAAAACUUAUUCUCGUUCACUUGAUGAUUAAUGUGCAAAAUAAGUUAAAAAUAAAGUCCAUCAAUCUUAACAGUUUCAUAAACCAUGCAAUUUUACUCUAUUAAGAUUUAAAGAUUAAGUUAAACUAUAAAUGCAAUGAGAAAAUAGAAACCAUUGUUAGUAUUUUGUAAAUACUCAUUAUAUUGAUUUUUGAGAAUAGACUUAGUGACUUUUUGACUAUUACAACUGAAAUUACCUAGGAUGAAAAUGUUCAAUGCAAAUUUUAAGGUAGAUUUAAUUUAGAGAAAUUGGAAAGAUUCUAGAAGGCCUAUGAAUUGCCAUGGCUAUUAAUAUUUGAAACCUUGCAUCUUGACGAAGAGGGUAAAUAAUCAUCUAAUUCUAGUACUCACAUUUACUUUUCAUAAAAAUAUUGGAAUUCCUUUUGGAGCUUGA